UAAUUUCGCUUAUUAAUACUUAUUAAUUUAUCAGUAUAUCCCCAGCAUUCAUCUACAUCGCGUUUUCCUAGAGCGAGUCCCACUUAACGCUCAGUAGUUAUGGUCAGUUACUGUUGUCAUGCAGGGGCCUCUGCCACCUUCCCCUCCCGAGCCGCCGCUAGAGGGCACUGCCCGGCAGAGGAAGCGCUUCGCGUUUCGGCCCUUUCUGUCCUUUUCCGCAUCUCGUACAGAGGAGUUUUCAAGGCGGGAAAAAAAAGUUUCCCCGUGUGUGGGCGCGCGCAGCUGUGGCCGCCAUGGAGCCGGGGCAGCGGGAGGAAGAGGAGGAGGAAGAGGAGGAGGAUCAGCAGCAGCUCACGCUUAUCCAGAACCUGAAGGCGACCCUCCACUACACGGUGGGCUCCAUGUGCCAGGAAGCUGCUGAUGCCCAAGGCGUCCGGUUCACCAAGCCGGCCAUCGCGGCCAUAUCCGAGGUCACCUUUCAGCAGUGUGAACAUUUCGCCAAGGACCUUGAGAUGUUUGCCAGACAUGCGAAAAGAAGCACAGUUAACAUGGAGGACGUGAAGCUCUUAGCCAGGAGGAGUGGCUCAUUGCUAAAUUACAUCACAGAGAAGAGUGAAGAGAUUUCUCGAGUCAACCAGGAACAAAAAGAUAAGAAGAAAAAGAAGGCAGAGGGAGGAAACAAAAAAUCCAGUAAACAGGCGGUAACCGAAAUGGACAUUGAUGACUGAGAUGGCUUCUGCCCCUGCCAGACGCUUCCUGCUCCCGCUGCUCUGGGUGGUGUGGGGGCCGAAGAAUGGACCACGGCAGCAGCCGCCAUCCCACGAGCUCUACUCUUUAGCAAAGCCAACUUGGAAGGGAUGAAUGGAGAGAAGCCAGAUGCUGGCAGGAGUCUGGGGGCUAAUCUCAUUCCUGUUCUGAAUAGCUCACUAAUAAUUUCAGCACACAAGAAAGCCUGGAAUGCCCAAGCAAGAUAUUCCAGUGCCUCUGUUGGAACACUGAGAAAGGAGAGUUUGAGUGGUGUGGAUUUAAAUUAUUAUUAUUUUUAUUUUUGAAUUAAUAAAAUGUUGUGUAGCUAACUGUUCCAGACCCCAAACACA